GAUCGGUUUACACUUUGUUCGACAAUACUUAUGACUCACUUUUUGUGUUUCAAUAGAAGCAAUUAAUGGAAUUUAUUUUCUGGCUUGAAAUAGAAAUAAAAGGGUAGCAGGCAGGGGGCAGCAUUGCUGCCGGCAGUAGGUAUUCCACCGUUGUGAAGUGAUCAUCUGUGAAAGCUGCAGUGGUUGCAGUAUCCUCGAAAAUACCACGCUUUAACAGGCAUAGUUUGCUACGUUACAUGGCGCAUCAUUAAUUUUCAUUGAACUUUGCCAGUAGAUUAAGGAACCAACCAAGAUCCCUUCUGUCAAGCGUCUUAGUUGGUGCAGAAGCUGGUGACUUUCAGAAACGGAACAGAUUAAGCGAAGGGAUUAUUGAAGUUGCAGUCGCCAGGGAAUAGGAGCUGCACCGGGUAAAGAGCUGACUUACACGGAAGGGAAGAGAGGUUGCAGAGAAGAACUCGCCAGGCACCCGACAAGAUGCCUGCUCCGACACCAGCAGCGGCACCGGUUGAGGGGGGCGGCCCACCCCGCACCGAGUUGCAAGAAUUACAGCUGAAGGCCGAUCAAACUACAGAUGAGUCUCUGGAGAGUACGAGGCGUAUGAUGGCGUUAUGCGAGGAGAGCGAGGAUGUCGCAGCGAACACUCUGACGAUGUUAGACCAUCAAGGCGAACAACUGGACAGAAUCGAGGAGGGCAUGGACCAGAUCAACGCCGACAUGAGGGAGGCCGAGAAAAAUCUUACCGGAAUGGAAAAGUGCUGCGGUCUCUGCGUUCUUCCGUGCAACAAGAGCGCCAGCUUCAAGGAGGACGAGGGUACGUGGAAAGGUAAUGAUGACGGUAAGGUGGUGAACAAUCAGCCCCAACGGGUGAUGGACGAUCGCAACGGCCUUGGCCCCCAGAGCGGCUACAUCGCCAAGAUCACGAACGACGCCCGUGAAACGGAGAUGGAGGAGAACAUGGGCCAAGUGAACACGAUGAUCAGUAAUCUGAGAAAUAUGGCGAUCGACAUGGGCAGCGAGCUGGAGAAUCAGAAUCGGCAAAUUGAUAGGAUUAAUCGCAAGGGCGAAUCGAACGAGACGAGGAUAAAGGUGGCCAACGAGCGAGCCCAUCAACUACUCAAGUAAGGCCACUCUCGACCACCUGCACCCCGUCGGCCACCAACAGCACCAAUACUAUCAUCUCCACUGUCACCACCACCACUAUCACUAUCGAUAACAACAGCUACAGUAACAAUACCAGUGUCAACAAUAAAACUAGUACCAACAACCACAGACACGUUCUGUUACUCUCGGUUACUCGUUCUUGGGAUCGUGCGCUCACUGUUUAGUUAUCACCGUUUCUUUCUACAUCGAGUAACGAUAGAUCGUUCGGAAAGAACGUGUGUUACGAGUAGAUAAUCGAACGAGCAGAUUAGAUUCUUUUAGCUCAUGCUUUUUUCCACCGUUUAAGGGAGUAUUCGGCCUACCAGUAGUCAGUAGAAAAAAUAAGAUUUCAAGAAAAAAACUUUGUUAUUUUCACGAAUCGAGGUAAAUGGCUUUACGCGCAUGUUUUUAAAGCUUUUUGCUGGAAGAAAGUUGAUUUCUUCGUAAUUCUAGACCGGAAUACCCCCUUAAGUUGUACCCGUAGAUAGUUUGUUUAUCGUUGUUGGUUAGACGCAUUUUCGAUCGCAGAUGAUCCCCGUUUUCUAUGCAGUUUUGUUUACGAAUUACGCGAAGUAUUUUCCACUUAAACGCGUUGUACCCUACGUUUCGACGUGAUUCUCGCAACGUUUAGUUCCCCUUUUUCUUACUUUCGUCGGCAGCAUUCGAGCCGCUUGUUUUCAUCGAAUCUGCUCGUACAUUCCUCACGAAUCAUCUUUAACCCUUAAGAGGGUAAGUUCUUACUUCCUAAAAUGUCCUAGAUUAUAUAUCGCAAAUAUCGAAAAGAAAAAAAAAAAAGUUACUUUGUUAUCGAAUUCUACUUGCAAAUACGCAGAUGCGGCGCGAUGUUGCCCAGGUCAAUUCAACGAGAGCAGAUAGCGUUUUUUAAGAGACGAGAAAUGUCGGAAAAAAAAAAGUAACAAAGAGAAAGUAAAUAAUGUAAAGUAUAAUGAAUUUCGUCUUAACUGCACGUUUAUCCAAGUUCUUCCUCUCGUAAUAGCGUUUACACUCUCGACAAUUACAUCUAAAAGGUUUCUAAAUCGCGAUGAUGGAAAUGAUGAAAAUAUAUAUAUAAAUGGUUAAGAAUCUCUUAGACGAUUUAGAGAAAUGUUUUUUGAAUAAUCAGUGUGCGCCUGUUUAAGGGUUAAAGAUUACCCAGUCACCGACAGAAGCCACACACAGGGGGACAACCGAUAUUGGUUGUACGGGAGUACGACACACGCUGUAAAUUGUUUUACAUCGUUUCACACAAAGAUGUAUAAAAUACACAACACACACACACACGCAGACACAGACACACACGGACACAGAGGACAGACAGACAAAUGUAGAUUGCACAGCGUGUGGAAGUGCACACGUGAACGAUACAUACGCACAGCGAGGCUCCAUUUAGGUAAUUCAUACCAUGUAAUUUGUUAUCGCAAUUAAUGUUACGACCAAGGUAUCCGUGUAUAGUAGAUCGAUACAUAGGUAGACAGACGCUCGAGCGAUAAUUCGCAAAGUAGCCGUAGUUGGAUGUAGUAAGAUGCAGUUUCGAAGUAUAGUACAGUCGGUGAAAGAGAUACCAAUAAUCGUAGAGAAUUCAACGAGGGUGUUCAGCUAACCCUGGGAAAAAUUUUAAUGGGAGAUUCUAGAGGCCAAAAUAUGACGAGAAUCAAGAAUACUAAUUUGUUAAUAGAGGCUUUGUUAAAAAGUUAUUAACGUUUACACUUCCGCCCUUACU